UAAGAAAAGACGAAGAAAUGGAGAUAAAUGGUCAAAAGUAUUUUGACUACUUAGUAAGACUAUCUUUCUUCGAUGUGUUUAAAAAAGAUCAUGAUGGCACUAUUUUAUGUCAUAAAAUGCAUGAUAUAGUGCAUGAAUUCGCUCAGUUUAUCAGUAAAUUUGAGUGUUUAGCCACCGAAGUCAGUGGUCUUAAAGAUCCAUCCUCAAACACUGCUCACCAAGAAGUUCACCAUUUAAUGUUAAUGGUGAGGGAAGGAGCUCCACUUCCUAAAUCCUUAUGUGAUGUCAAAAAGUUGCGAAGCCUCAUAAUUCUGGGUAGAGUUACAGACCUCUCAUUGCUUCGUAAUGACCCAUUAAAGUUAUUUGAUCAACAGAUACCUUUAAGGGCAUUAGAUCUCAGUGCAAAGCGGCAGUAUGCGAAUUCAGUUAAAGAGAUUCCAAGAGAGAUAGGAAAAUUAUCACAUUUGAGAUAUCUUAAUUUGUCCCUUUUAAAUUUUGAAGAAUUGCCUGAGACAUUGUGUGAGUUAUAUGCUUUGCAAACUUUAGAGCUGAGUUGGUGUACCGAACUCAAGAAGUUACCUCAGGGGAUUGGAAAGUUAAUCAACUUGAGGCAUCUAGUAAACAAUGGAACUUCACUAGAGUACAUGCCAAAAGGAAUCGAGAAAUUAACUUGCCUUCAGACCUUAAGUGAGUUCUUUUUGGGUGGUGGCGGUGGCAGCGGCGAAGCAUGCACCCUAGAGUGUCUGGAAAACUUGAACCACCUCAGAGGGUCUCUCAGUUUAAAAAGGUUGGGAAAUGUGAAAGAUGUGAAUGAAGCCAAGAAAGCAAAACUGAAGACAAAGAAAAACCUCCUCUCUUUGCAUCUAAAUUUUGAAAAGGAGGAAAAAAAGAAGGUGAAUCAGGAAGAAGAAGAGAAGAGGAUCGAUAGUGACAAAAACAUUCUUGUAGCCUUGCAACCACCUUUUGAUAUAGAGGGGUUGGAGAUUCGAGGAUACAGAGGCCGUGACAUUUCUCUUGAUUGGAUCCUGCCAUUAACCAGAUUGAGGAUGUUGAAUCUCCAUGAUUGCAUAAAGUCUGAGCAUUUACCUGCUUUGGGAAGACUGCCAUCCCUUGAAUCACUCUCUAUAUGGAAUAUGCAGAGUGUGAAACGAGUUGGAAAUGAAUUUCUGGGAAUCGUAAUUGGCAACACAUUUGAUAUUGUCUUUCCGAAACUGGUUUCGCUCAAGUUUGUUGACAUGGAAGAAUGGGAAGAAUGGGAUCGAAUGCUUAUAGCUGUAUGGGAAGACUCGAUAAUCAUGCCAUGUCUUCGCUCGCUAUCAUUUGUACAUUGUCCGAAAUUAAGGAAAAUACCAGAGCGCAUUCUGCAGAAGACAACUUUGGAGGAAUUGAAUAUCAAUUACUGUUCUAUUCUAAAACAAUGUUACAGCCUGAGGACUGGAGAGGACUGGCACAAGAUCUCUCACAUCCCCAAUAUCAUGAUUGAUUUCGCAUAUGAGCAAAGAAACGGCCAUGGGAUUUUCAAAUAGCAACUGACGUUGUGACAGACUUACAGGCAUCAGUAGAAAAUUGUGCUAUAAAUGUCAACUUCUUUUGAAUCUGAUCUUUACAGCCCAGUUAAAGCAGAGACUUCUUGAACUAUAAUAGGCCAUCAUCAUCAAUAAGCAAAGG